AUGAGUGAAUUAAAGGAUUUAAGUAAACAAAGGGCGUCUAUUCGUGCUCGUUUAACAUUAUUUGAAAAAUAUUUAAAGCCAUUAGUUGAGUUAAAACAAGCAAAUAUUAGUCAAAUAGAAGAAAGGGAGAUUACGGAGAAUUUAUUUUUUCGUUUACUCGCUCAAGCACAAAUGUUAAUUGAUUUGUGGACUAAUUCUGAUAAGGUUGAAAGUGUGUCGGCUGGUUUCACUAACAAUUUAAAACUACCAGUUAUAAAAAUUUCCUUGUACGACGGCAAUAUGAACCAGUGGCUAGAAUUUAGGGACAUGUACUUAUCCUUGAUUCACAAUAAUGAGAGAAUUGAUGACGUCACUAAAUUUCAUUAUUUAAAAUCUUAUUUGACGGGUUCUGCUGCCGCGGUCAUCAGUUCUGUCACAGUUUCUGCCAAUAAUUACAAUAUCGCUUGGUCUUUGCUCUGCGAGAGAUACAACAACAAAGAACGAACAUUUAAAGUGUCUAUGCUUUAUAUAUUGAGUCAGAUGAAGGAUUACUAA